CGGCCGCCGCCACGAACCUGCCGAGCCCUGGGGCUCCGCGCCGCCCUCCCGGCUGAACAAGCUGCUGCUGAGACAGUGUGGUGGGGCUACCGCCGUUGUCAAGAUCAGGAACCAAGUAUGUGGAGAGCAUACCAUCUUUAAGUGAAAAGGGCUUUCAGCUGGAAAACGAGGAAGAAGAAUGCCAACAUGAAUAUGAAGUGAACUGUUUGCUGCGCUCGCCACAGCACCUGGGUGCUCACAUCAAAUGGUCAGAGACAGGGACUUGUCUCCUGCCAAACUGCUUCCUCGGACAAGAUGAAGCCAAGGAGGAGCCUUCUGAUGUGCUGGAGCCACAGUGACUGCUGCCCACUUUAAAAUCGAUGUAAGACUGUGCUCCGGCUGCCUGGCAGGAUGAAAGAAGUGGUGUCGUGGUCACCUGAGGAGGUGACAAAUUGGCUCAUGGAAAAUGCUGUGCCGGAGUACUGUGAGCCAUUGAAAAGCUUCACCGGGCAGGAUUUGAUCAACCUGACGGAGGAGGAUUUCAAGAAGACGCCUCUCUCCCGAGUAUCGUCCGACAGCGGCCAGCAGCUCUUGCACAUGAUCGAGGCUUUAAAAAUGGCUCAUCACAUAGAGGCUCACAAAAAUGGGCAUGUCAACGGGCACAUCCGUGUCAGUGUUAACAGCACUGCACAUGAAAAUGGCUUGAGCAGUAAAACAAAGCUGAACGGAGUGCCAAAUGGUUAUAAGAAGAAGAUGAUAAAGAUCCCCAUGCCAGAGCCAGAGCGCUUGCAGUAUCCCAUGGAAUGGGGCAAAACUCUCCUGGCUUUUAUUUAUGCACUUUUUUGUUUCAUCUUUACCACAGUGACUAUCUCAGUUGUUCACGAACGAGUGCCUCCCAAGGAGGUGCAGCCUCCCCUACCAGAUGCAUUUUUUGAUCGUUUUGAUCGGGUGCAAUGGGCCUUUUCUAUUUGUGAAAUUAACGGCAUGAUCCUUGUAGGACUGUGGUUUGUUCAGUGGCUGCUGUUAAAAUACAAGUCUAUAAUUGGCAGAAGGUUUUUUUGUAUAGUUGGCACACUAUACCUGUAUCGGUGUAUUACAAUGUAUGUAACUACACUCCCAGUACCUGGAAUGCAUUUCAAGUGUUCUCCAAAGCUUUUUGGAGACUGGGAAUCUCACCUGCGAAGGAUAAUGAAGCUGAUAGCUGGCGGAGGAUUGUCCAUCACAGGAUCCCACAACAUGUGCGGCGACUAUCUGUACAGCGGGCACACCGUCAUAUUAACUCUCACAUACUUAUUUAUCAAAGAGUAUUCCCCACGGCGACUCUGGUGGUAUCACUGGCUUUGCUGGACGCUCAGCAUGGCUGGGAUGUUCUGCAUCCUCCUUGCUCAUGACCACUACACUGUGGACGUGGUGGUGGCUUACUACAUCACUACAAGACUUUUCUGGUGGUAUCACACAAUGGCCAACCAGCAAGUGCUAAAAGAAGCUUCCCAAACCAACCUCCUUGCAAGGGUCUGGUGGUACAAGCCUUUCCAGUACUUUGAAAAGAAUGUCCAAGGAAUUGUACCUCGCUCCUACCACUGGCCCUUCCCCUGGCCGGUGCUGCACCGGGGCAGGCAGGUGAAAUACAGCCGGCUGGUGAAUGACACAUAGCAGCGUGUUGGUGGACAGAGGGGGAAAGGGCCCGUCCCAAGUGCUAAGAACUCCAUGCAAGAAGAUGCCAUAAAAAAAAACAACAAAGCAACCCCAACCCCUCCCUAACCCUUUCUUUUAACAGCUCCCUUGACUUAACCUAUUCAGUUACCUGGUAAGCACUGUGAUCUUUUUUUUCCUCUCCAAAGGAUCUGCGUUGGACAACAAUAAAGAGAAUUUAACUUAUCACGCACUGUUAUACAUUUCUUGUUAAUAGAUUUGGGAUUUCCAUUACCCAUCACCGUGUUCCUUUGUAUAUGAUGCGACAGCAUAAAUGAAAGCUUUUAUACCAUAAGUUCUGGUCUUUCCAGUCAUGUCUGGGAAUAACGCGUAUUAUUUUCUUGGGAAAACAUACUUUUCAUAUCUCUUGCCCCAAAGAUUGGGCUGUAAGCCAUUUUCUAGCUAAUGACUCUAUGAAGGUUUCUGAUACCUGCCUCGGGUAAAUCGAGAAAUCUUUCUACCUGUUGCACCGCGAUACAAGCGAGAUGAUAGACACAGGAAGGUUUGCUAAUCUUGGUUUUGUAGACUCUGCAGUGACUGUGUCAAAAAGUGCAAAAAAAAAAAAAAAGAAAGAAAAAAAAAAGUUGUAAAGUGAUUUUCUAAGUAUUUCCUAACUUUAUUUUUCAAAAUGUGUAUGAAAAUUAAAUUUGAAAAGAUUUUUACAUGUCAGAGAAUAGAGAGUUAAAAUUUAAAGAAAAUGCUUCUUGGGAGAGAGAGAUUUGUCUAUGUUUCUAGUGCCUUUCUUGUCUUGAUUGUAUGGUCAGUAGGCAGUCUUAAAUGUUUUUAUUUAAAAUAAAGUAUUCCAUGAAAGCAGAAAUAUAUAUACUGUAUAAUUACUAAUUUUUGCAUUUAUAGCUAAAUUAAACUGGAAAUUUGCUUAUGAUGUUGAAAUUGCCAUGGGUAGGGGUAAACCAAAAAAGAAGGGUCAGAUCUUGUUCACACAUUGUGAGCAGAUCGUACUAAAAGAAAUCACUUUAUUGUCUACUUGGUAGCUGUGUUUUAAUAAGAAAACAGCCAUGAAUUCCCGUUUUUUAAGAAUUUUACAAAUGAUCACUGAGUGAACUACAAAUGGUUUCUCCAUCCCAUAUUGAGCUGUUGUUGGAAAAACAACAAAGAUAAUCUAUUUCUUUAAAAUAUUUGUGCAGAAACUGCAUGUAACUAUAAGUUUCACUCCUACCAUACAUACUGUAUGUCUGGGGAAGUAUUCUAUCCUAAACUUGCCAAUGUGCAGAACAAAAUAGUUUUUUUUAAAGAAUGAAGAAGAGAAAAAAAAUAUAUGAAUAUAUAUAUAUAUAUAUACAUUCUGUAUUUUACGUGAAGCAGAGUUAUCUUCUGUAGGGUUUUUGUGUAUUCACAAGGUGAUAUUUGUAUUGUAAAACAACAAUGGUGAAGGAAAAUAAAAAGGCUUUUGAAAAAUGUAGUUUCCUUUAUGUUUCUAGUAUUAAUCUUAAAUUUUAAGCUAGGUUUAAUCUUCCCGACCUUGCCUUUGAUUUUACAUGUAAUUGCACUGUAGGCCAUCAAAUUGUAUGGAAACUGCAUUGCUGUUGAAUUGCUGUUCACCGUUGGCAAACCAGUGCCUUGUCUGAAAUAAAUACUAUGCAAUACAUUCUGACCAUGUGGGAGCUGGGAGCGGAUCUGAGAAGCCCUCCUUGGAACCAUCCCCAGGGCUUGAAAAAUCUACCCCAAAAGUGCAGUGGCAGAGCGUGUGGCAGGGCAGGCAGCCGGCAGCCCAGGAGCUGCCCAGAAUGUCCCACUGUUGUGAGUUCUUGAUGGUGACAGUAUCACUUUUUGCUUCUUCUGGUUUAGUUUAGGGUUUUUGGUGGUGGUGGUGAUGGUAGCAUUUUAUCUUUACUUUUCCGCCCUCUUUUCAACCUCCUUGAGGAAUCAUUCCUGUGUUACUUCUGCUGCUUUGCCUCGCCGUUGCCUGGGAUGCUGAGCAAGAUGAGCCCGUUCCUUAGAAGCUCUCCCUGGAAGGGAGAGGAUUUCUUCCUAUUCCACAUUUCUUGGCAAAAGCCCUUUGCAGCAGUAUUUGCAGAGCCAUCUGCAAGUUUUAGGGAUUAGCUCUGCAUGCUUUGCCUUCAGUUCACAGUAAUUGUCUUUGCAAGUGUGCGGUUGAAAGCUGAUUUUAAAACAGCAAAUCCAUCCCAAGGCGAUUGCUUGAGAGAAUUCACGCUCCCAGAUGUAAAAGAAUAAGUAGAUUUUUCAAGACCUGGCAUCACGCACAUCAAAACCAUUGACAUAAGUAAUGUAUGGAUAUAUGCACAUGACAUUAAAUGGAAUCUGCUGAAUUCUG